GCUCUGAUGCUGCUGGUGUCUGCAGCCAUCGGGGUGUACUAUGCCAUCGUCGGAAGGGGCCAGAGCAGCUCCAGAGAGUUUCUGAUGGGGGGCCAGAGUAUGACAGCCAUACCUGUGGCUCUGUCCCUGACUGCCAGUUUCAUGUCGACUAUCACAGUGCUGGCCACCCCAGCCAAGGUGUACCGAUACGGGGCAAACUACGGCCUCUUCAGCCUCUACUAUGUGCUGGUGGUGGUGGUCAGCUCAGAGGUCUUCCUCCCUGUCUUCUACAGGCUGGGCAUCACAAGUACCUAUGAGUAUCUAGAGAUACGGUUCAACAGAGCCACCUGUCUGUUAGGGACAGUGAUGCUCAUUGUUCAGACUAUACUCUACACAGGAAUAGUCAUUUAUGCUCCAGCUCUGGCAUUAAACCAAGGAGCAGUAGUCUCUAAAAUGACUGGGAUGGAUCUCUGGGGUGCUGUCAUUUCAACAGGAGUGGUCUGCACCUUUUACUGCACUAUGGGUGGUCUGAAGGUGGUGGUGUGGACGGACGUGUUCCAGGUGGGCAUCAUGCUGGCAGGCUUCCUGUCUGUCAUCAUCAGAGCCGUGGACCUGCAGGGAGGAGACUCAACUUCUGGGAGUGACUUUGAUGCUAGUCCACUGAGGAGGCACACCUUCUGGACAAUCACGUUUGGAGGCACGUUUGUCUGGACCAGUAUCUAUGGGAUCAACCAAGCCCAGGUGCAGAGAUACAUCUCUUGCAAAUCCAUGACUCACGCCAAAAUGUCUCUCUACACAAAUCGAUUAGGCUGCAUGCUGUGUUCUGUGUUUGCGGGGCUGUGUAUGUACUCCAUCUACAAGCACUGUGACCCCUGGACAGCAGGAAUGAUGUCAGCUCCAGAUCAGCUGAUGGACAUCCUGAGAGACUACCCUGGACUGCCAGGAUUGUUUGUGGCUGCAGCCUACAGUGGGACCCUAAGUACAGUAUCGUCCAGUGUCAAUGCUCUGGCUGCCGUGACUAUUGAAGACCUGAUCAAGCCGUACAUACACAUGUCAGAGAAACACCUGUCCUGGCCCUCUAAAGGCCUCAGCUUUCUGUAUGGGGCUCUCUGUAUUGGAAUGGCUGGCAUAGCCUCACUAAUGGGAGUUCUGCUGCAGGCAGCUAUCAGUAUCUUUGGGAUCAUCGGAGGGCCUUUACUGGGUCUCUUCUCACUGGGGAUCCUCUGUCCAUACGCCAAUGCCACAGGGGGCUUGGCUGGUCUGCUCUCUGGGCUGGUUAUGUCUCUGUGGGUGGGGAUAGGGGCCCAGUUUUACCCUCCUCUACCAGAGUAGAGCAGGC